CGUGUGGAGUCUCAAAAAGAAGAAAACCUUAGAAGGUUUUCUAAGCCAACUAUUACUCCACCUUUUACAGAAGAAUUCGCACAGACAAAUUCCGUUCCAACUCAAGUUGAAGUUUCUAGCAACCCAAAAA